UCUAUCUGUCCAUCUUCAUCCUCCCGGUCUUUCUUUCAUGGAGAGGAAUUAUCCCGCAGCAGGGUUCGGAGAGCUAGGGGCUGCCGGGACGGGAUGGACCUACGACAGAUCGGCCAAAGCAAGCCUGAUGUAUGGAAGCUCCAGGUCCUCCCAUCCAGACUCAGAGCUGCUCCACAGGCAGGCCUACGGCGCCCCCCACCCCCUCCAGGGAUAUGCAACCAAUCACCAUCCAGGAAGCAGCAGACAGGGCGGGGCCUGGGGUGCUGCUGGACGCACACUGGGCCUGUCAGGAUUGUUUGAUGCCAGUCUCCACCACGCGGGCCCCUCGGGUCCUGACCCCACCGUCAUGAAUCUGAUUUCAGCCCUGGAGUCCCGAGGUCCCCAGCCCCCACCCUCCGCCUCCUCGCUCCUCUCUCAGUUUCGUACUCCCUCCUGGCAGGCUGCCAUGCAUACGCCAGGCCCCACGGAGCUCUUUAUCUCAGGAGCCCUCCCGGGAUCCAGCUCCUUCCCCUCCUCCUCAGCCCUCUCAGCCUAUCAGCAUCCUGGCUCCUUCUCUGGGCGGUCCUUCACUCCUUCUCUGACCCUGCAGGACGCCCCCACAUUCAGCCCCACGUCCAAUGGUUUACUCUCCCCCCAUGAUUCCCUGUUGCACAUCAAAACACCCUCCCAGUCCAGUCUGGGCUUUGACCGCCUGCUGUCCUCUCAGAGUGCCACAUUCCGCGGCUCCCAGGAGCCCUCAGCCCCAACCCCAGCCCCCCCCACCUCCUCCAGCUGCCACCUCCCCCCUUCCCAGUUCAACCUGCUGUCAUCCCAGCUCCACAACCAGUCUCAGCUCUAUAACGCCUCCAUGUUCUCCUCCACAACAGCGCUACAGCCCUCAGCCCCUUCCAGCCAGCCUCCGUCAGAGAGGGCAGUGUCCCGGCAGGAUAGCGUAAUAAAGCAUUACCAACGGACGUCCCCGGCUCAGCCUGCAGCCCUCCCCCUACAGCAGUAUGCCAGCUGUGGAAGCUCGUCAGCCUACCAGCAGACAGCCAGCCACCACCGCCAUCCUGGACUGUCCUGCAGUCCCCUGGAUGAGCAGAGUCCAUCUUCUGACCCCAAACCCUCUCCCAGGAUGGAACCCAAAGUGUAUCGACCUAUAAUCCAAACCCCCUACACGUCCUCAUCCUCCAGCUCCACAGCCUCUUCAUCAUCAGCCACCAAAGCCUCCAAGUGUUCCAACUCCAGCAGCGGGUACUCGUCGUCUGGCUCAGUGUCCUCCUCCUCCCGAACCCCACACACUCCACCAUCGGCCUCCUCAGCUUCUUCCUCAUCCUCCUCCAGCUCCAAGGCAAGCGCUGGCUCCUUGUCUGGGUCUUCUUGCCAACAGCCCGCUUCCCAGUCAGCACCGGUACACGCACCUUUACAAGUGGUGUCGUCAAACCUGGGUCAGCAGCCUGCAGCAGAACAAUGCCUCUCUUCUUAUGGUUCUCCAUCUGUAGCCAAGUCCUCGCUACCAGAUCAGACCCCUCCUCAGCAACAUGCCCAGUCCUGCUCACCAAACCAGCCUCCAGCGUCACACAUGGCCCCGUCGUAUGGAGGCUUCAACUCGCCUCAUGCUCAGGACCUGAGCAGUGGAGCAGGGGGCCCUGGAGGGAAGAACUUCCCUGGGGGACGCUCUUUUUCUGCAGAGAUAGUCUUUGGGGAAUCAAGCUUCAGUUCAAGAAGAGCGACCAGUCCGUCAUUAGGCUAUGGGGGUUCAGGAGGGUCAGCAGGAGGUGGAUCCAUAUCAGGACUGGGAAGUGGAGUUGGAUCAGCAGGAUUAGGGAGCGGGGCUGUUAGUGGUAGUACUGGAAGUAGCAGGUCCUACCACCUGUCUGAGUCGAGUCCCUCACCCUCCAUUGGUUCUUCUAUUAGUCGCUCUGGACUGCACUCUCCUGCCUCUGCCCGCCCUGCACAGUCCCCUGGAGGCUCUGGGGCCAACAAAUACAUGUCCUCUAUCCUCUCCCCUCCCUUUAUGCCCUCACCACAGAGUUUCCCCGAUACACGACAAGCACAGAGCCAGUCUUACCACUCAACACCACCCAAGUCAAAAACAGAACCUACCAUGCUGGGAGUGGAGCGAUCCCAGGAUGCAGAAGAAGAUGAGGAUGAUUUCCUCAUCCACCACUUACUGCAUGCCCAGGGCUCAGCACCCCAUCCAUCGCAGCAUCACCAACCCCCUCAGCAACUACCCCAACCACCCCAGCAUCACCAACCUCCUCAGCAACUACCCCAACCACCCCAGCAUCACCAACCUACUCAGCAACUACCCCAACCAAUGCCCCAGGCAAGGGAGGGGGAAGGCAAGGGGUUAAGCUAUGACAUGAACAAGAUCUCAGAAGAACGCUACCACCUUCAGAGUGUUAUCCGGACCAAUAAUGUCACUAACAGUUCAGGUUCCGGGGCAGUGAUCAGCGAUUCAGCAAGUGGCUUAAGCAGUCACAUGGAGAUGCCAUCAAAGAAACAGCCACAGAAAUCUGAAUUAAACAUCUCAAAGCCCACUGCCGGGGGACUUGGAGGAGUCACUGACUCCUUUUCUCACUCCCACCAACAACAGCAUGACUCGCUGGGCUCUGUAGUCCACUAUGACAGAGGAGACCCCUACACCCAACACCCACACUCCCAUCAUCCAUCACAUCUGUCCUCACAGUCUCAGCAACACUCCCAAAUAUCCCAGCACCCCCAGCACAGUCACCCCCUGUCCCACUCACACAGCCACCCCCACAUGGACCUGAAGAAACCAUCAGACUCAAACCAAAAUGCUUACUUAUGUAACACAUCAGAUGUGCAACAGGCUCCCCAGGGCCGGGUCCCUCUCUCCAUGAUAGACUCACCACCAGACCCCACCCAGCAGGCUCACAUGCUGCAGUCUGUCCUUUCCCAUACCACCCGCACCAAGAUGGACCCCCAGAUCCCCCCUCCACGGCAGCCGCAGCUUCCUCUGAGCCAGCAGGCCAUGAUGGGCUCAGCUGGAGGUCCUGCUGGGCUGGACUCCAACCAACAGAGCCAGUCCUCACAGUACCAAGGCAUGGAUACCCACUUCAGCCUGGGAACCCAACAAAGAGACCAAACCUGCCUCAGUCAGACCUCAGUGUCUCCACUAGACCUACUGGAACAGUCUCUGUCCCGGGCAAACAGCAGAGACAGUGGAGGGACUGUGGACCGAGGUGGGGUUGGAGAGGUGGGAGGUAGAGACAGACAACGACAGCAGCAGAGACUUACACCGCACCACCAUCCACAACAAACCACCUCUGGGCUUCAUGACUUUCUCUCUGAACCAGAUAUGGGCUUGUCCACCCCCUCACACCUGCACCACCUUAGCCAGGCCCAGACCCACCCCCAUGGCCACAGCCACCACCCACAGCAGGCUCACCCUCACCAUCAGCUGUCCCACUCUCAGUUAGCUCACCCACAAUCCCACAGGAUGGCAGCAAACAUGGGAACAGUCCAACAACAACAGCAGUCCCAACAAAGAGAGGCUGAACCUCAGCUGUCCCAUGCCCAGUUAGACCAGCUGAAGCAGCACCAGUUUGACACAGUGAGCCCAGUGGGUAAAGUGGGACAGAACCAGGCCCAGCAGCAACAGCGGUAUGCUCCCCUAUCAUCCAUCUGCUUUCCUGACUCCCUCUUACAUGACGAAGAACGAUCUUUCUUCCCGGAGAUGGAUGACAUGUUCUGUUCAGCUGACUACAAGGCCAGCUGUGCCGGGGAUUCUGGGGCAGGACAGGCUCCUCAGGAAAGCCUCACCCCAGGUCAUGGGCAGGGCCAGGAUGGUAUGGAGGUCUUAAAAAGAGGUGGUGGAGAGGGCUAUGACAUUGUUGGUCAUCACAGCGAUCAGGGCUAUGGGCAGUACUGCCACAGCCUUCCAGGAACAGGAAACAGUAAUCUGCACUUAGACCUGGACUCUAUGAAGACCCAUGAGCUUCCGUCCACUGUGAAUACAGACCAGUUGGGACUCAUCCAGUCUCAAGCCUCUGGUAUGGGUUUAAGCUCAGCGGUUCAGGGGGAUGGAUCAGUCAACAAGAUGAUGGGAGCUGUGGGGGUGGGUGGAAGUUCCAGCACCCCAGGCCUGACCUCCCCCAUAUUUUGUUCUUCUCGACCCAAAAAGCUGCUGAAGACCAGUUCCUUUCACCUGCUCAAACAGCGGCGGGAGCCCCAACCCCAAACCAAGAAGAACUACGCACAGGAAUACGAGUUUGAGGAUGAUGAGGAUAAAGCUGAUGUUCCUGCUGACAUUCGCCUCAACAGUCGCCGCCUUCCUGACCUUCUCCCAGACUUGGUGUCUAGUUGUAGGAAGGCUGGUGGGUCGAUGGGAGUGAGUGGACUCAGUCCGAUAAUGGGUGACAUGGACUUCUGCCACCCCUCAGGAUACCCCUCGCUUGGACAUCCUCCACAGCACCCACCCCUAGAUGGUCCAAAGAAAAGAGGCAGGAAACCAACCAAACCAAAACGGGAAGGUCCUCCUCGACCACGAGGUAGACCACGGAUACGUCCCCUCCCAGAACCGCCAUACUGCAGGGGGCUGAUGGGAUCGGUGCCUGGAGAGAGCAGGAGAGGUCGAGGACGGGGUCGAGGAAGGGGCAGAAGGGAUGAAGGCCUUGUAGAUUUGCAUCAAGAUCUGAAUAAAGCACAAAGCCUCCAAUAUCAUCAUCAGCAGCAGCAGCAACAGUUCAGCCAGCAGCAACAUCUCCAACAGCAUCCACAACAACACCACCGACUACAGCCGGAGCACCACCCGACCCUGCAGCAGCACCACCUGCACCAUCAGCAACAGCAACACCUCUCCUGCUCCCAGCACCAACCGCUUCAUCAGCAACUCCAACAGCAGCAAGAGCAGCAACUGACCCAGCAACCACAGCAAGACCCCAUCAGACCCAUCAAGAUCAAACUUCCUGCCCCCCCAAUGCUGCCAUCAGAGUCUCUACUGAGGACAGACUCUUUGUCCAGCACUGACCCCGUUCUUUCUGAUGGAUCAGUGGGAUCAGCACCGACCCUGGGCCUCAGUCCUGGACCCAGCACAGCGAUGGACAUGGGCAGAACUGACCUGAACCCGAAUCAAGACAAGAUGAUGAGACAUCAGCAGAAAGCUGAAGAGAUGACGUGGAAGAAGGAGCUGGAUGAUUCUGUGAAUCCUGAAGCCUGGGCUGCUGUGCACAAACUCUCCAGUUCAGCUGAUGAAAAGACUUUUGACUUCAAACCCGGCUUCAUGGCGUCUUUUCUGGACUUCCUGAAGGCAGGAAAGAAACAGGAGCUGGGACCUGAUGGCAUUCCUGACGUGGACUCUCUGAACCCGUGCUCCUCUCUGAAGAGCUCUGUCCUCAGACCUGUGUCCCCCCCUCCUCCUCCCCUAACUCAGACUCCUCCUCAGCAGCCUCCUGGGUCCUACGGCGAAGGCGGUCAGGGCGAGGGGGCGGAGCUUAACCUGAGUGGCUGUCCCAGUCCUUGUAAGCCGUUGGACGAGGAGCUGAAGAGGAAUCUGGAGACGCUGCCGUCCUUCUCCUCUGACGAGGAGGACUCUGUGAGUAAGAACCAGGACCUGCAGAAGAGCAUCUCCUCUGCCAUCUCCGCCCUCUAUGACACGCCCCACUCCCUCGCCGCCGCCAUGGCAUCUGCCAUGGUCAAAGCUCCGCCCACUCCUUCUCCACCAUCACCACAGGAGCCGCCGCUCCCUGCUCUGCCCCCCCUCAUCCCCAGCAUGGAGGAUGAUGGAAAAGAGGAGGCGCUGACCUACGACCAGCCUCAGCCUGAGGACAAGGAGGCACAGAAGGAGGACCUGCCUCCACUGGAGAGAGGAGAGGAGGAGGAGAGAGGGGAGGGGCAGGAAGAGGGAGGGGAAGUGGAGGAGGAGGCGGGGGAAGAGACAGCAGAGGAUGAAGAAACAAUACGACAUUCACAGAAUCUUCAGGAGGAGCAGGAGGCGGAGGAAGAAGAGCAGGAAGAGCAAGAGGAGGAGGAGGAGGAGGAGGAGAGGUCGCCUGAACAGCAGAUCCUGGAGGCUCCUAAAGUUCAAGAUUCUCCCUCAGAAGCUGAACCUGCUCCAGCACCUCCAUCCCCAUCACCAUCUAUCUCCCCCUCUCCCCCCUCCUACUCCUCCCCCUCACCACUCCCCCCUAUGUGCCCCUCUGUCCCCUCCCCACAGCCAGCAGAGGAGGCAGAGGAAGGGGAGGAGGUGGAGGAGGAAAAUGUACCAAUGCUUCAAUCAGAGCAGAAACAGUCCUCCUACCAACCAGCUCAGGCUGCAGGUACCUCCCCUCCCCCCUCCACCUCCCCUCCAGCCACCCUGUCCUCCCCCCUCUCUAAUCUCCCCCUGGCUCAGUCCAUCCCUCCUCCCUCCACCACACCUCCCCCUUCGUCCUCCGACCAGGACCAGGAGCCCGAAGUUGGGCAGCUCUCCCCCUCCUCCCCGUCAUCGUCCUCACCCUCUUCAUCCUCCUCUCCUCCGCCCUCACCCCCGACCCCAGAGGAGACCCCAGCAUCCCAGCGCCUGACCUCCCUCCACCUGGCCAAAAAGCAGGCCGACGCCGCCAUUGCUGGGGAGAGUGAAGAGGAGGACAGCGAGAGUGGAGGAGAGGGGAUCUUCCGUGAACGGGACGAGUUUGUGGUUCGGACUGAAGACAUUGGGACUUUGAAGAUGGCGCUACAGACCGGCCGAGAGCCUCCACCCAUAUGGAGGGUUCAAAAAGCGUUACUCCAGAAGUUCAGUCCUGAGAUCAAAGAUGGGCAGAGGCAGUUCUGCGCAACCAGCAAUUAUCUGGGAUAUUUUGGUGAUGCAAAGAUGCGUUACCAGCGUCUGUACGUGAAGUUCCUGGAAAACGUCAACAAAAAGGAUUAUGUGAGAGUUUGUUCUCGGAAGCCGUGGCACAGAGCCAGUCUGACCCUCAGGCGACAGUCUCUGCCCAAACAACUGCCAACCGUCCACAACCAGACCCCCCCACGGCUGGAGAGAGAUGACCGGGACAAGGAGAGGCAGAAAGAGAGGGAGCUGAAGGAGCAGAGGGAAAGAGAGAGGAGGGAUGGAGUGGUGGAGAUCUCAAGGUUAAAGGAGGACAGGAGAGGAGGAGAGGACAAGAAGGUGGAGCGUCAGUCCAGAGCCAAGACGUCAAAGGAGAAGGCUGAGCCUCCUCCGAAAAAGAGGAAGAAGUGGCUGGAGGAGGUACCGUCCUCCUCCUCCUCCUCUGAAUCCUCCCCUCCCAGUGAGGAUGAAGGUCCUGUACGCAGCAGUGUGAACAGCAGAGCAAUGAGGGAGAUGUUCAGGAGCUACGUGGAAAUGUUGGUCAGCACGGCGCUGGACCCUGACAUGAUCCAGGCUCUCCAGGACACUGACGAUGAGCUGUAUCUCCCGCCCAUGAGGAAGAUUGACAGCCUGCUGAGCGAGCAGAAGAAGAGGUUGUUGAGGAGAGUGACCAUGAGCGCUCAGCACCAGGAGGCUCUGCACAUCUUUCCUAAAAUGACCGCAGACCCCCUGGAGUCCGGGGCAGUUCGAGUCCACCUGGGAGGAGAGGGCUACAACCGCAAAACUCUGAACAGGGUCAAAAGGAGUAUACCGAAACAGCAGGAUCUGAAGCUCUCCAUAGAAACGUGUCGGAUCUACAGCCUGUAUCACUCCCUCCAUCACUACAAAUACCACACCUUUCUGCACUGUAAGAAGGAGACGGACAGCAUCGAGCAGGCCACCGAGGAUCCGGGUCAGGAGGAGGUGGUGCAGCAGUGCAUGGCCAACCAGAGCUGGCUAGAGAGCCUCUUCAACUCGUUCAUGGAGCUGCUGAGCCUCAGCACCAAGGCCUGA